GGGGUGGGAGAUCCGUUCUCCCCCCCGCGCUGCCCCCGCGCUGCACCGCACCGGGGUUCGGUCCCGGCCCCGGGAGAGGUCCCAGAACGGUGCGGGCGGACCCCAGCAGAGGGCGCGGCGGAGUCGCUCCGAAGCGAUCGCGUUUACAUCGGCGCCGGUAAUACCGGAGCGAUUCUCAGAUCUGAGCGCAGAGUGCCACCGCGCGGCUCCGGGGGGAAACCGCGGCUUUCCGGGGGGCGUCCCGGGGAAUUCCGUUAUUACCGAACCGGGUAGACGAACCCGGGGUUUUCCCCGCGGUGGUGACGUCACGCGUGACGCCACCGUCCGGUAGGAGCGGAAGAGCAGCCGGGAGCCAUGGCCGCGCUGCUGAAGGCCGUUCUGAGCGCCUCGGAGAAGGCAGCUGAGAUCGCACGGCUGUGCCGGGAUGCGGAGCCGCUCUUCCGACUGCUGGUGGCCGAGAAAACCGGAGCGGAUCGGAACCAGCGCUUCUCCCACGACUUCAAGACUCUGGCAGAUGUCCUCAUCCAGGAGGUCAUCCGGCACGACCUGGGUGCCAAGUUCCCUGAGCUGCGUGGCCACAUCGGCGGCGAAGAGUCCAACGAGUUCACCAACGCCAACGGGGACACGGUGGCGGUGCGGGUGUGCGGCACGGUGGGUGAAACGGCAGCGCUGCUGGGCUCCGUGCUGCACCCCGAACGGGAAGCGGCGGAGCUGCUGGCGGCCGCGGCACACCGGGAGGUGGCAGUCGGGGACGCGGCGCUGGAUGGCAUCACCGUCAGCAUCGCCCCCGGGGAUGUGGCCGUCUGGAUCGAUCCCAUCGAUUCCACCAAUGAGUACAUCGUGGGGCGUGAGGAUGUUGUCCCCCAGGAUGGCAUCGCGCCGUCGGGGCUCUGCUCGGCGCUGGUGCUCAUCGGUGCCUAUGAACGCAGCAGUGGUCGCCCCGUGCUGGGUGUCAUCAACGAGCCUUUCCACCGCCGCCACCCCCAGACACGUGGGUGGCAGGGCCGCUACCAUUGGGGUAUCGCCUACCGGGGCACCCACCUCUCCUCUCUGAGCCCCCCACCACCACCACAACCCCCUCCUCGUGUGGUGCUGAGCCGGGCAGAGGCGCAGGGGGUGCGUGAUGCUCUGGCCUCACUCAGUGGGGGUCACCUCCAUUUCGCUGCCGGUGCCGGUUACAAGAUGCUGUGUGUCAUCCUGGGACAUGCGGAUGCCUACAUCCUCUCUGGGGGGAGCACCUUUGCAUGGGAUGCCUGUGCCCCCCACGCCAUCCUGUGUGCUCUAGGGGGGGGUGUGGUGGCCCUGAGGGAUGCCCUAAGGGCACAGAGGGAGGGGGACACGAGGACGCCCCCCCAGCUGACCUACAACCGCCCGGCUGAGGGGGCAGUGGGGGCUGAGCGUUGGGCCAACCUGGGGGGGCUGGUGGCCUAUGUGCACCCCCAGCACUUGGAGGCGGUGCUGGAGGCGCUGGCAGCCGUGCCGGGGCUUUGAGUGGGGAGGGGUUGGGGGGCAGGG